AUGCCGCAGAUUGUUCACAAAGCUCCGAUAUUAGGCAUAGAGAGCCCGAGUGCAAACAAAAGCUCCAAAGUCUGGCUUUUCUCGCUACUGCUUACCCUCCAGUACGGUGCUCAGCCGCUCAUCUCCAAACGCUUCAUAGGGCGAGAAGUGACUGUAACUUCAUCUGUUUUAGCAUGUGAAAUAGUCAAGGUUACUUUUGCUUUUAUUCUCAUAGCAAAAGAAGGCACUCUGAAGAAAUUAUACACGCAGUGGAAUUUGGUUGGCUCUUUGACUGCUUCAGGACUACCAGCAACUAUAUAUGCACUCCAGAAUAGCUUGUUGCAGAUUUCUUACAAAAAUCUUGAUUCGCUCACCUUUUCAAUUUUGAACCAAACCAAGCUGUUUUUCACAGCUCUGUUUGCAUAUGUAAUAUUGAGGCAAAAUCAAUCACUUCAACAAAUUGGGGCUCUUUUGUUGUUGAUCAUUGCAGCUGUCCUUCUAACUGUUAGUGAAGGCUCGAAUAAUGAAUCUGGUAGUAAUAAUCCUGAUGAAAUCUUAUUCUUUGGAAUUGUUCCAGUCUUGGUAGCUUCUGUACUCUCUGGUCUGGCUUCUGCAUUUUGCCAAUGGGCCACUCAGGUAAAGAAACACAGUUCUUACCUGAUGACUGUGGAGAUGUCCAUAAUAGGGAGUCUUUGCUUGCUGGCUAGCACCUUUAAGUCUCCAGAUGGAGAAGCCAUCAGGCAACUUGGAUUCUUUUAUGGCUGGACUCCAUUAACAUUGAUCCCUGUGGUACUAAAUGCUGGUGGUGGAAUCCUGGUUGGUCUUAUUACCACCUACGCCGGUGGAGUAAAAAAGGGAUUUGUGUCUGUGUCUGCACUUCUAGUUACAGGUUUACUGCAGUUCAUCUUUGAUGGAAAACCUCCUUCGUUGUACUGUCUUGUUGCACUUCCACUGGUUAUUGCUAGCAUAACUAUUUACCAAAAAUUCCCAUACCGUGUUAGGAAGAAGGAAUCAUGAAGACACAAAGGUUGUGACAAGGAGCUUAUCUAUUUUUCCCAUAUUCCCAUAUUGGUGGCAUAACACAGAAAAUGGUUUUGGUUGUGAUAACAGAUUCUCGAGAGAUAUAUAGCUAGCUAGGUGAGAGUAGUUGCAGAUUUGUUGUUCUUUUUUGAAUGGUUACAACCUAGGAUGUUAGAAA